GUCGGAAUAGCUGGGGUAAAUUGCCGUUGAUGCUACCUCUAUAGUGGUCUAGCUCCACUCCGGUUGUAGGGAUUGACGGCCCUCUCAAUCCCAUACAGCCAUCGAAUCAACACGCGACAAAAAUGAUAACCUGGAAAAUAAAGAACACGUCUAUGCCUUCUAUAUAGACUUCUAUAUUCUAUAUAACAACCAUGGACGCAUCGCUCUUCCCCGCCGAAAUCGCUGUUAAACACGUUAUCCACCAUAAAUUUGUCUUCGAGCUUGGUCCCUCCAUAACGGGUUUGGGCAAGGGGUUGCGGAACACGAUCAUAGCACUGGUCCUCAUUCGGUGCUCUUGUGAGCUUCUGCAAGCUGUCAUCAACAACCGGCCCUGGCGAUCCGGUCCACCAAAAUAAUUAAUUCCUCACAUAUAAUAACCCCUCGCACACUCAGGAUCAAUAAAGGAUACAUUCGCAUCAUCUUGGAGCUUCAGACGAAAAAUUUGGCCAAGCUGGCCUUUGCAGCGUUCACCACAAGCAAUCAUGCACUUCUCCAAGGCCAUCACAGCGCUGGCCCUCAUAGCUGGAUCAUACGCCCAAUCUCUCUACGUCCAGAAUGAAUUGAGCUUCGGACACGACGGGAAAAUGUCCCCCGACGAGCGCACAAUCCCCAAAUUCACCCUCACCGGCGACCCCACACAAAUCUACUCCAACAAAAUCAUCCUCACCCCCCCCGCGCCCGGCAACAAGCGCGCGGCCCUCUGGUCGCAGGGCACUCUCACAUCCCCCAAAUGGGAAGCAACCCUCCAAUUCCGCGCCACGGGCCCUGAGCGCGCCUCCGGCCGCAUCCACCUCUGGCUCGUCAAGGACGGCUUCCAGAACGUCGGCACGAACAGCAUCUACACCGUCGGCAAGUUCGAGGGCCUGUCCAUCGUCGUCGACCAGUACGGCAAUUCGGGUGGCAUGAUCCGCGCCUUCCUCAACGACGGCACAAAACACUACGGCCAGCACCUCAGUGUUGACGGCCUCGCGUUCGGUCACGCGCCAUACCCGUAUCGUAACCUCGGACGCCCCAGCUCCGUGAAGGUGAUUCAGGACUGGCACAACUUCCGCGUUGAGAUCGAUGGCGAGCUCGCCUUCCAAACGAGCACGGUGCGCAUUCCCGCGGGUUACAAUAUCGGCGUCAGCGCGGCGAGCGCCGAUAGUCCUGAUAGCUUUGAGGUCUUCAGCCUUACCGUCUCAACUGGCGAGGCCGAGGAGGGAGCAUCGUAUAACAAGCAACCUGGCACCAAUAACGCCGACCCUCCCAAGAACGCCGGCGCGGGAAUCCAAGACACCCCCGCUGAGCCGCAAGGCAGCAGAGGCAACCGCAACCCCCGCGACGGCGCUACAGCCACGGACUACCUAUCCGCUGACCGGAUCCCCGCAUCCGGCGACAUCUCCCCCCUCCCCGCGAGCGCGAUCACUCAAUCCCACGAGUUCGCAGACCUGCAUUACCGCAUCCAAGACCUACAAUCUCAUCUCCUAGCCCUGCAAGCAGAUUUCCAAUCCUACCAAGGCGAAGCCACGCGUCGGCACGGCGGACUGCUCGAGCGUGCCGCGAAAGCAGAGGCUGCUUUUGCGCGCGAGGCAGCGGGGGGGAAGACGGGGAAGAUCGAAGAGAUGUUGGAGGCGAUGGAUAGGAGGAUGCAGGGGAUGGAGAAGAUGUUGGCGGAGACGAAGAGGGAUGUUGGGGGGGGGAGUGAUAGGGUUGAGCGCCUUAGACAGCAGUUGGUGGAGGGGCAUAGUAGUAUCCUUGAGGGCGUGCAUGGGACGGUCGGGACGCUGACGGGGAGUAUGCCGAAGAUGGGGUGGGUGGUGGGGGUGGUGCUGGUGAGUCAGAUGGGGGUGGUGGGGGCGUUUUGGUGGUAUAAGAGGAGGAAGAAUGUGGGGUUUAAGAAGUUCGUUUAG